AUGGAGGAGGGUUUUGCGUGGUGUCUAGGCGUAUUUUGGGUUGAUGUUCAAACAAGGGCAUCCUCACUUGUUCCCUCUCUCUUUGGUUUCGCAUGGUUUGGUCAACGCAGCCGGGCGUCUAUCCACGACUCGUCUCUGACAGGUGUCUGGACUCCACAAUGUGAGCACUCCAUGGUUCCGUACCGUGAGAUCUUGAAGACUUUGAGGGCUCCCAGAUCUAGCGCUACUACGAGUCAUAAUCUACAUUGA